AUGUCUUUUUGUUUAAAAGUUUUACCUAGGAAUGCAUUAAAAAUAAAACAUUCAGGUAGUUUAGUUCUAAUCAGAAAUUAUAAUAGUGGAGGUAAACAAACACAACGAUCAAUAAGUGAGAGUUUUACAUAUGCAAACAGCGUCAAUAAGAGAAAUAAUAAUAAUAGUAGUUAUCAAAGGAGAAGACAUGAUAUAGACGAGUUGUUCUCUUCGAGUAAAACCAAAACGUUUGGUGAAUUAAAAUGGGAUGUCCUAAUUCAAUCACUCUUUGAUAGCGGUAAGCAUCAAGAGGUCAUCAAUUCAAUUCAGAGAACCAAUCUACAGAUGUCAACAAAGAUCAUGACACUGGCAAUGAAGUCAUUGCUCGAAUUGAAGCGAAUCAACAGUGGUGUCUCGUCAACAGCUUCACCAACCGGCUUUACAAAUGAUCUUCGAAGUACAGAGUACUUGAUGGAGGACGGCAACUCUAAAUCACAGGAGCACUCCAACUUUUUAAUAGUUAUGCUAAGAAUCAUUCAAAAGAGAUAUCCAAUGGAGGAGAUACUUCAAUUCCUCAAGGAUAUGGAGAUUCCAAAGGAUUUCGAAAUUUUCAAAUCACUUUUUGUCGAAGCAAGACCAUCGCAUGUCAUUCAAUUAGAACAUAUAUUAGUAGAGUUUGGUGGUAAAGACUUUAUUCCACCAGGAUCACCUGAACAAGGUGCUGUAUUUAGAGGAUAUAUAUCAACAAACGACUAUGAAGAAGCAUUGAGAAGAUUCAAUUUAUUACAUCCUAGCGAAAUUACAUCACAUUUGAUCAAUGUAAUGGUUACGGCCUUCAUUGAGAUCGGAAACUAUGAAGAAGCAAAAAAGAUAAUGUUUGCCAAUAGACAUCUCUCAAAGAAACCAUCAUAUCUAUUGACUUCAAUCAAGUUAUGUUUAGCAUUGGGUGAUUUAAAAAUGGCAGGUCAAUUUUUAUUAUUUUGUAUGCAAACAGGAUGUUCAAUUCAACCGAAUCUCAUACAGGAUGUUUUGUUGAUGUGUGGUAAAUAUAAAGAGUUUGAAAUGGCAGAGCGAAUAUUCCAAACAGUCUCUAGAUCGAAUGGUGGUGGCGAUGGUGGUCACAAACGAUAUUCAUUUGAAGUUUUGUUGGGUAUGAUGUUGAAUAUCUACAAGGAUCAACCUGAUAAAAUGAAACACUACCGAGAGUUGCUUGUGAAACAUCGUAUUUCAAAAUCUACCAAACGAGAAGAUGUUUUGGUAGCAAAAGGUGUCCAAAUUCGUUCCAAUCUCCAUGAAGAUGCAGAGUAUAUCAAACAUAAAUUAGAGAGUGCGCCUCAAUUCAACACAUUGGUUAAAUUUAGCUUGAAGCAAUCAUCAAAAGCAAAGAAGAUUCAGAGUGAAGGAUCUAAUAGUAUACCAAAAAAUCAUCAAGAAUAA